CGAGGCAGCGAUGCAAAAUCAACAUUUUUCCGCGAUUCACCGCCAUACGGUAUUCGCCAACUAUCCCGGAGCUACAUUUACCUAAAACUAAAACGUCAACAGUCGAUGUGUACACAUUGGGAAUCUGUGAUGCAAAGCGAGACUAUAACUGAUUGAAGGUUGAGGCUCUAACCAAUAGUGUGCCCUAUACGAAAUAAGUUAUAAAAAUCCGUAUAUAUCUGUUAACAUAGGGCUUUACAGCUGAUCUUUUCGUAGAUACAGGAGUUGUAUCACUUGUCACCGUGUUGUUAAAUUGGGUGGCAGAUCAGCAACAGCUAUGGAUUAUAAAGAAGAACAGGCCCAGGAGUUAGAAGCCUUGCAGUCUAUCUACCCCAAUGAGCUUACAGUCAUCGAAAAGGAACCUCGCCUCAUUCUCGAGAUAGAAGUGUGCGUGGAGGACGACGACAACAGAGAAAAGACAUCAGAAUGCCUAAUACGAUUCACUCUUCCCAAGGAAUAUCCAGAAGAAAUCCCAGAGAUCGAAACCGAUAGUGAGGUUCUACUUGAAGGACUGCAGGACGAAGCAAAGACGUGGGUUGGUAGCGUUAUGAUAUUCAUGCUAGUGAACUUUGCUCAGGACCAUCUUCGUAAAGAAAUGGAAGAAGAAAAACUAAAAAUGAAGCGCCUUAAAGAAAUUGAGGAAGAGGAACUAAAGAAGAAACUUGAAGGCACUAAGGUGACCGUUGAAUCCUUUACACGGUGGAAAGAGCAGUUUGAUGCAGAACUUGCUGCGCUUAACUUAAGGGAUGAUCUAACAAAAGGUCGUUUGACAGGAAAGCAGAUGUUCCUAAGGGAUAAGGCACUAGCCGAGAGUGACCUCAAGUUUGAAGGUUUUGGGGAAGAUGUGGAUGUCGAUGAAUCGCUGUUUCAGGAAGAUGAGCUGGCUGACCUUGAUGCAUAACUUAUCUCUGCAUCAUCGUAUACAUUUAGGCGAUAAAGAAUGUAUAGGCCUAGUUUUUCACAAGCCCAUAUGUAUAUCCAUGUUACGUUUUAGGUGGAAAGUGGGUUAUUGUUAGGGGGUUACACUAAUUGUAUUUUGAUACGUUUGAGGUUGACUGUGAAAAUAAAUGAAUGGUUGAAAUUAAAGCUAGUUAGUUAUGUUGUGCAGUUUCUAAAUGAGCAGUGCAUAAGUGCGGUGAUCAAUGCAACAAACAUCUAGAAUUAAAGCGUGAUAAAAUAAUGUACUUAUAGUGGUACUACCGUUUACGCGAGUUAUAGUCUAGUAGCAUACAAUAAAUACUAUUUGUUAAAUUUUAGGUAAAAUUAAAUCCAAUGCGUUCGAAGUAUGUCGAGAUUUCAGUUGAAUCUCUAGAAUAGGAAGGAAAACUGAAUUUUUACCAGACUUUACGAACGAAAACUGAAUUUUUACCAGACUUUAGGAACCAAAACUGAAUUUUCACUAGACUUCCGAUUAAUUAUUUUUAUCCUGUUAAAGGCAAGUAAUUUAUAGAACCCUAGCAACAAGGCACCUAAGUUAUAAAAUUGAUAGUUAACAUUAUAUUUGAAUAUAAGGAAAGAGCUGACUACUAAAUUUGUUUUCGCUAAACUCGCUUCGAAGUGUUAAAAAUGAGCGUUGGUAUGACGAACGCGCAUAAGGAAUAAAAUAAACAAGAAGUGCGAGCUUUA